AUGCUGAGCAUUCAGUCGCUGAUACAGAAUGCCAAGCAGCUGUCCAAGUCGUACGAGAAGAACGCCAUGAACGCCGAAGGAGUCAUCCAGCAGAUGGCCAACUUUGCCGGCGCCACUGCACCACCAGAGCAGAACAAGUCGUCGGCAAACAGUGGCAGAACUAAUGAAAAGCCAUCAUCAGUCUCGUCAUCAGCACCACCACCACCACCAGCAAAUGCCACUGCAGUGAUCACCGAUCCAAAGGUGAUGAUCGCCUCACUGCUCGAACAGGAACAACAGUCAGCUAUUGCGGCACAGAAAUCCAGUGCUGCUGCAACCUCUGCCGCUGCCGCCGCCGCCGCUGCAUCCACUUCCGCAUCCACCACUUCGGGCCUGCUCGUCCCCGGCUCCACCUCCACCUGCAAACCUCGCUCGCUGGUGAUGGCCGCCCUUCAGCGGGAGUCGCCGCGGGUGAAGGCGCUCAAACGGGAGAACCACCUGCUGAAGCAGCAGCUGCAGGAGUACCAGUUCGCCCUGGAGCUGAUCAUGUCAAAGUACCGCGGGCAGAUGAUGGCGUUGCUGGCGCAGGCUGAGGCCUGCGCCGCCACCAUCCUCGCCCACCACGAGUCGCCAGAGCGGAUGGAGCAGCAGGCGGCGACAAUUGCGCUCACCAAUCGACUGCAGGAGAUGAAGGGCCGUUUCGAGCGCUCCAUCGGCCCCAGCUCUGAGGAGCGGAUUCUCGCGCAACGGCAGCUCCUUCACGAACUGGUCGUCGAGCACGAGACGCUGCUGGAGCUCUAUCAAAUCUCAAAACGGUACGGCUCGUUGCCGGGCGCCACGCCCCCGCUGGACGCCACUGCCAAUCUGGUGUCGACGACGGAGGCGCUGAUGGAGGCGCUGAAGGUAGUCGAGUUGGCCUCCUCUGCUUCUGCGACGGUGUUUUCUGCUGUUGUUGAGCACAGUAGUUCUGCAGAUGCUGCUGCUGUUGGUGGCGGUGAAGCGGAAAACACUGAUGAAGGGACUGCUCUGCCCCUCCCCACGUUUAUGGAAACGGAAGAAGCCGAUGAAGCGGAAACUGAAAAGGAGAACCUGAAUCCGGAACUCCUGGAGUCGCCCAUGGACGUGGGCACUAGUCACCUUGAGGAGGGAGGCACUAGAUUGGUGUCGACGGCGGCAACAGCUGUUGCAGUUGAAUCAGUUUGA